AUGGAACACACUGAACUGCUCAACUACAUCACCCACCUCCCGCUCGACCUGCCCGGCUCGCUCUUCCACGAUAAGCCGAAAAACUCCGGGACGGCCCGUGUCAGCGCAGCAAGCGUGAAUCACUUUGCUGAGGACGUGCCUGACCAGAUCCAGAAAGACAUCCUCAACUCUACCCUCUUCGCGCAGCGUGCCGCCAAUGCUAAGUAUCCCGGCGACCAGAGCGGCAGCAAGGAGUGGUACAACUUCUACACGGACAUCCUGAGCAAGCUUGGCUGGAACAUCCUCAACUUCCGCCGCGACCAGGUCGACAACGCCAGCGCCAGCGGCACAUGCUCUGAACUCGUCCUCUCGCUCCUCAUGGGCUUCCUCUCGCCCAACGAGGUCGAUCUCUUCAAAGAUGUCCUGGAGGGCCUCAAGAACGCCAAAUCGGCCACCAAGAUAUUCGAGAGCAGCGCCAACAACGACAAGUCGGCGAACUUCCAGUGUGGCUCCAUCCGGAUGAACGGCAACUUUGCAGAGAUGAAGCUCGGCGUUUACACCUUCUCCACGACUGCCCAUAUCCAGAACGUGCUUUUCUGGUCGUGGAAGGACCAGACGGUGAACUUCUAUGCUGGCACCGCGACGCUCCUUUUCAACGAGAGCAUGUAUGCUAAAGUUCGCGAGGCAAUUAUGGACAGACUGGGCAACAACAUGCUUGACUUUAUUGACAACGUGCCCUUGUCUUAG